UGAUCGUUACUAUGCUCAGUCACAGGGUGACAGGAAAAAAAAAGCCACCACCAUAAAAGGAUGUCUGCAUCGUCUCUCUUAAAACAACAUGCCAAGGUUAACAUAUCUCAGUCUGGGCAGACACUGACGGAUACAGCACAGAGGCCCCAACAAGUCACAGAUAUAGAUCUCAACCACCACACCACUGGAUAUAAAAAUGGCGGACAAUUUUACUACGCUCUCUGUAACUGCCCAGAGCAAUGACUGUGACCUGUACGCUCACCACAGCACAGCCAGGGUGCUAAUGCCUCUGCAUUACAGCCUGGUCUUCAUCAUCGGGUUGGUGGGAAACUUGUUGGCCUUGGUCGUCAUUGUUCAAAACAGGAAAAAAAUCAACUCUACUACCCUCUAUUCUACAAAUUUAGUGAUUUCUGAUAUACUUUUUACCACUGCUUUGCCAACACGGGUAGCCUACUAUGCGCUGGGCUUUGACUGGCGAAUUGGCGACGCCCUGUGUCGGGUCACUGCUCUAGCAUUUUACAUCAACACCUAUGCGGGUGUGAACUUCAUGACCUGCCUCAGCAUUGACCGCUUCUUCGCUGUGGUGCACCCUCUACGCUACAACAAGAUGAAAAGAGUUGAACAUGCAAAAGGCGUCUGUGUAUUUGUCUGGAUUCUCGUAUUUGCUCAAACCCUCCCACUACUCAUCAACCCCAUGUCAAAGGUGGAGCCUGAAAGGACGACAUGCAUGGAAUAUCCAAACUUUGAGGACAUGAAGUAUCUCCCCUGGAUCCUGCUGGGUGCAUGCUUCAUAGGAUAUGUGCUUCCACUUGUCAUCAUUCUCAUCUGCUAUUCCCAAAUCUGCUGCAAACUCUUUAAAACUGCCAAACAGAACCCACUAACGGAGAAAUCCGGUGUAAACAAAAAGGCUCUCAACACGAUUAUUUUUAUCAUUGUUGUGUUUGUUCUAUGUUUCACACCUUACCAUGUUGCAAUCAUUCAACACAUGAUUACAAAGCUCCGUUUGCCUGAGCCUCUGGACUGCAGCCAACGACACUCGUUCCAGAUUUCUCUGCACUUUACAGUAUGCCUGAUGAACUUCAACUGCUGCAUGGACCCUUUUAUCUAUUUCUUUGCGUGCAAAGGUUACAAGAGAAAGGUUAUGAAGAUGUUGAAACGUCAAGUCAGUGUAUCAAUUUCCAGUGCUGUCAGGUCAGCUCCUGAUGAGAAUUCUCGUGAAAUGACAGAAUCGCAGAUGAUGAUACAUUCCAAGUCUUCAAAUGGCAAGUAGAAAGGAUUACAUUCCGGAUUAUAGCAAGGUAAACUGCACGAGGAACUCUGCUGGACUUUUCAUGAGAAGCAAAAUGACCAUUCACCUCUCAAGAAGGAUUCCUUCCAAUUCUUUUCACUGGGCACUAUUUCUCACCUCCAACUUGGAAGUGAAACUGAUACACACACAUACAUGUAUGUGUGUGUACAUUUAUAUAUAUGCAUCUAUCAGCUCAAGAGAACAACAUCAUGCAAAGCUCUAAUUUGUAAAUGAAUCAGAUGCCAAAAGGGAGGUGCUACUGUACUGUCACGGUAAAAAGAAAAGUUUUGUGCUAACAAAAAAUUCAAUCAUUAAUAUUUCCUGCCAGUAAGUUGGCAAAAGAGACUGAUCAGAUUGUACAUUGCUGAUGUAAAAAUGUUAAUACUGUAACAUAUUUUUGGUAACAUUUCUUAAAUUCAUGUUUCUUUCAAUUUCAGAUUUUAUCUCCUCAAUACCACCAGUUGUUUUGGUUGUGUUUGUUUUGUUCCUAGUUAUAACUCUGCUGCAAAGAACUCUUUUGGAACAAAGAGCAGGAUGGAACAAGAUGAUGAAUACGAUCCUCAGUGCUCACUGUCAACUCUCGACAGAAGUGCAGAGGAAUACAACUAGCUAGCAGUGAACAGUUUUGACCAGCUAUGUCAUACAUGUUGAUGGCAAAUGAGGCCAGGAAAGCACAGACAGCAGUGUGUAAGGACCAUUGCUCACGAGUAUGACACAGACUCUGAAUGGAGCCACUGUGGGAUGAGGGUUCUAUGUGAUGCACUCUUAUGGGAAUAAAAAGUAUGCACAGAUACUUGGGUUUCUUUUGGGUCUCUAUGGGGUCAUUUCUUCUUUAUUUUGGGUUGUUACUGUCUUGUAUCAUAUGGAUACAGUUUGAGUCAAUAAUGUAGGUUACUGGAAAGGGUGGAGGGGGUAUGAGCUAUGAGGGAUAUGGCUGCUGCUUGACUAAAUAAACUAACAAGGAACAAAAUGCAAAAUUAUAAA